AUGGCGGCGCUCAAGGAUGCUAUAUCCAAAAUAAAGCAGUCCGCCUCAGACUCCGAUUUGCUACCCCGCCGCCGCUCGAACCUAGCUGCCUUCCUUCAGGAGAAGGAAUUCGUCUACUCCAGUGAUGAAUUUAGUGACGACAAUAGCGGUACGUCUAGCAAGAAUGAGCAAAAGCGCGCCGCACGACGCCAACAGAAAGAGCAAAGUAGGUCUAGACUGAGUGCGGAGAGCUCAGGAACAAGAGAUAGCACAAUCGACUCUGAGAGGUCGAACUUGAGGGUCAACGACGGCCCUGCGGAGAAUAAUGAGGACACCGCUGAGAUGAAGGCACGAUAUGGCGACUUACCGAUGAUGCAAUCUAGGGACCGCCUACGACAGCCUCUCGCUAAAUUCGAAUUAAUCGAAGAGGGAAUGGAAGGUCAGGAACUUACCUUCCGUGCUCGGCUUCAUGUUGUUCGCCGCAUGGGUGCAAAGUUUGCUUUCCUUGUAUUUCGACAGCAACUCCAUACGUUGCAAGGUGUCCUACACACGGAGCCAAAUCUGAGGUCGGCGAACAUGAUCUAUUGGGCUGAGCGCAUACCAGUUGGCUCGAUCUUGAAAGUGAGAGGCCGUCUAAAGCGACCAGACGUACCUGUUAUCGGGACAACCAUUCAUCAUCUUGAAUUCGAGAUUGAAGAACUUCAUGUGUCCGUACGCAGGGAGGAGCCAGUGCCUUUUAGUGUUUACGAAGCUGAACUGGCUGGCGCCCACGAAGAACGACUGGAGGGUAUACGCCAGAAAAUCCCAGAUCGAACGAGAUUAUCAAAUCGAAUUCUCGAUCUUCGCACUGACACCUCGCAAUCAAUCUUCAGAAUUCAAUCUGCGAUUUCCACCACGUUUCGCUCGGCUCUCGAUGCCCAGAACUUUAUUGAAAUCCAUACCCCCAAGCUUCAGGCAUCUGCCACCGAAUCUGGAUCCAGUGUCUUUGGGGUGAAUUACUUCAGUCGCCCUGCAUUCUUGGCCCAGAGUCCACAGCUCGCGAAACAGAUGGCCAUUGCCUCGGACUUUGAGAGAGUCUACGAAAUAGGCGCUGUCUUCAGGGCGGAGAAUUCAAAUACCCAUAGGCAUCUAACGGAAUAUACUGGAUUGGAUAUUGAGAUGGCUAUUGAAGAGCAUUACCAUGAAGCCUUGGAAGUUCUUGAUAGCGUGCUCAAGUCUAUAUUCAAAACCAUCUACGAAAAGUACCGAUUAGAGAUAGAAGUUAUCAAACACCACUACCCGUCUGAAGACUUGAUCUGGCUCGACCAAACCCCCGUCAUACCAUUUGUCGAGGGUAUCAAGAUGCUAAAUGACUCUGGCUGGGUGGAUGAGCACGGCAACAAGCUUUCCGAGAUGGAAGACUUGGGGACACGAGAUGAGAUUAGGCUGGGUGAAUUGGUGAAGGAGAAAUAUAAUACUGACUAUUACAUUCUGGAUCGGUUCCCUGCAUCUGCCCGGCCAUUCUACGCCAUGCCUCACCCCGACGACGAUAGAUUCACAUUGUCAUUUGAUAUAUUUGUUCGAGGACAGGAGAUUGUCUCUGGUGGUCAACGUAUACAUAAUCCAGACCUACUUGAAAAGCGGAUGAAAGAAGUUGGCAUCGACCCCUCAACUAUGGAAGAAUACAUGGAAGGCUUCAAAUGGGGAGCUCCCCCUCAUGCUGGUGCUGGAAUUGGCCUCGAGAGACUCUUGAUGCUGAUUUUAAAACUGGGAAAUAUUCGACUAGGAUCGCUGUUCCACCGCGAUCCAAAGAGCUUCCCUCGUCACGAGCAGCCUAUCGCUCUUCGCCAUCCUCAGGCAUCAACGCUUAGCCCUCCAUGGCAGGAUGAAAGCAAACCACGCAAUGCAGUAAUCGACCCUGCCCGAAAACUGCAGGCACUCGAAGAUCUUGUCGCUAAUUAUGGUGAUUCAACCUCCACUUCCUGGUUCGAUGACCGGUACAAGAUAUGGCGAGACUAUGCCACAGGCUCCGCGGUUUCUUAUGUUCCAUCGCACGGAUAUGCUGUCAUUGCAGGCGAUCCACUAUGCGAUACAACCCAGUACCGCCGCAUAGUCAUAACGUUCCUUCAAUGGCUGAAAAAAGAAACCAAUCUCAAACCAAUUUGGAUUCUUUGCUCGCUUGAUGUCGAAGAAAUCCUCGGCGAACAUCUUGGAUGGCGAACUCUUUCUUGUGUUGCCGAAGAACGAGUCGAUCCCCAGCGCAACCGGGCUGCCUCAGAUGGUGAAAUAGCCCGUAAAAUCCGCCGUGCCGAAAAUGAAGGCAUCAAGAUUCACACCAUCCCCCCUGGUGAAGCACCGCCAGAUGAUAUUCGAGAAAAGAUUGACGCGCGGAUUAAUGACUGGCGCGCUAAUAGGAAAGGAACUCAGAUUCAUCUUUCUGAAAUCACUCCAUGGCGCGACUAUGCUCAUCGUCGAUACUUCUAUGCUACCGACAGUGAGGGAAAAAUCUGCUCAUUUGUCGCACUCGCCCAGCUCGCUCCUCGACACGGCAUGCAAGUUAAAUACAGUCUUGACUUCCCAGGCUCUCCAUCAGGAUCGAUUGAAUAUAUCAUUAGCAACGCUAUCCAGUCUGCUGCAAACUCUGGCGUGAAAUCUCUCACUUUCGGAGGCGGCGCAAUCCCACACUUGAUUCCUGGUCACAACCUAAGCAGCGUCAAGGCGAAAAUGUUGCAGCACACAUACGAUACUAUCGUCAAGCAAUUUAAGUUGACUCGAAAGACUGAGUUUAGGGCUAAGUUAGGUGCCCAUGAAGAACCUGUUUAUAUUGCUUAUCCACGUCAUGGCUUGGGCACAAAGGGGAUUAGGGCCAUCUUGAACUUCUUUGAAGACUGA